AUGAACAAGAUAUGCGCUCGCACUUCUAUAUAUUCACACUACUCCUACAAGAACUUGCCAAAAAUUCUGUAUAAAAGUCCCCAAAAAUUUGACAAAAAAAUUAGCAACAUUCAAAGAGUUGCAGAUUUUUCUUUCGUACAAACCAUGGAACCAGUAGUUAUGGGCAUGACCCUUCUGUUUCUUGCACCUUUCCUUCUCUUAGGCCUCAUCUCUCGUCUCCGUAGAAGCACUUUUCCUCCGGGACCCAAAGGGUUGCCGAUCAUCGGCAACAUGAUGAUGAUGGACCAGUUAACUCACCGUGGACUCGCCAAACUCGCUGACAAAUACGGCGGCAUAUUUCACCUUAAGAUGGGGUUCUUACACAUGGUCGCCAUUUCCAAUCCCGAAAUGGCUCGUCAAGUUCUUCAGGUUCAAGAUAAUAUAUUCUCCAACAGGCCAGCCACCAUCGCCAUCAGUUAUUUAACGUACGAUAGGGCUGAUAUGGCUUUCGCUCAUUACGGUCCUUUCUGGAGACAGAUGCGAAAGCUUAGCGUGAUGAAGCUUUUCAGUAGGAAAAGAGCCGAGUCAUGGGAGUCCAUUCGAGAUGAAGUCGACUCACUUGUGAAAGCUGUUGCGUCCAAUACUGGGAAUGCUAUAAAUAUGGGCGAGUUGAUCUUUAGUCUUACCAAGAACAUCAUUUAUCGGGCGGCUUUUGGUUCCAUUUCGCAAGAAGGGCAAGAAGAGUUCAUCGGGAUCUUGCAAGAGUUUUCUAAGCUUUUUGGUGCUUUCAAUAUUGCCGAUUUCAUUCCUUGGCUCGGUUGGGCUGAUCCUCAAGGACUCAACACCAGGCUCGAGAAAGCUCGUAGUGCGUUAGACAAGUUCAUCGACACCAUCAUCGACGAUCACAUUGAAAAGAAGAAUAAGAACAACAGCCGCUCCGAUGACGGUGACACCGACAUGGUUGAUGAUUUACUCACUUUCUACAGUGAAGAAACCAAAGUAAAUGAAUCGGAGGAUCUACAAAAUUCUAUCAGAUUAACCAGAGACAACAUCAAAGCCAUUAUCAUGGAUGUGAUGUUCGGUGGAACCGAGACGGUGGCGUCGGCGAUUGAGUGGGCCUUGGCGGAGCUAAUGAGAAACCCGGAAGAUAUGAAAAGAGUCCAACAGGAGCUGACGGAGGUGGUGGGGUUUGACCGCCGUGUGGAAGAAUCUGAUAUGGAUAAACUAACCUACCUAAAGUGCACCCUCAAAGAAACACUCAGGCUCCACCCACCGAUCCCGCUCUUGCUCCACGAGACCGCGGAGGACGCCGUGGUGGCAGGUUAUCAAAUCCCGGCCAAGUCGCGCGUGAUGAUAAACGCGUGGGCCAUUGGCAGAGAUAAGAAUUCGUGGGAAGACCCAGAUAGUUUCAAGCCAUCAAGGUUCUUGAGGGAAGGCGUGCCGGACUUCAAAGGUAGCAACUUCGAGUUCAUCCCGUUCGGUUCGGGUCGGAGGUCAUGUCCGGGUAUGCAACUCGGGUUGUAUGCUCUUGAUAUGGCUGUGGCUCAUUUGCUUCACUGUUUUACGUGGGAAUUGCCUGAUGGGAUGAAGCCGAGUGAAGUCGACAUGAGCGAUAUUUUUGGACUUACAGCACCUCGAGCUACUCGACUCUAUGCAGUGCCAAAGAAACGCCUGGUCUGUCCACUCUUUUAAUGCGAAACUGGAAAUAAAAACAAAUCCAUUUGAGUCUUGAAAUUGCAAAUCCCGGAAGAAUAAGGUGACAAAGGUGGCUUUUACAAGUGGGAUUUCUGUUUUUCUUUUAUUAUCAUUACUAUUAUAACUUCAACUAUUGUUGUUAUUAUUAAUAAUAUAUUUCAACCAAACAAAAAAGGGUGAGAAUUUGGUUUCUCUCUUUCGCUGUGGAUAAGACUCCUUUCAUUUGAAUUGUGUUUAAAAUUGUACUUUUUUUUUAUUUGAAAGAUCUAAU